AUGCGCCCGCUGGGUCGCAGACGCCGCGCGCCGCGCCGCCUGACCGAACGCAUGGCGCCCACCAGCCGAGCACCGGCCACCGCCGCCGCCGCCGCCGCCGCCCUGCUGCUCACCCUGCUCGCGGGCCUGUACGCUACUUCCGCCGCCGCGGACGAGCGUCGGGCGGAGAGCGCGUGGGCGUGGCGCUGCGGCGCCGCGGGGCUGUGCGAGCGCGUGGCCGCCCACGGCGAGGCGCAGGCGUCGACGCUGUGGCCGUCGCUGCCGCUGUGCCGCCUGACGUGCGGGGCGGCGGGCGCCCUGUGGCCGCUGCCCACCGGGGAGGAGGCCACGGCGUUGAUGUCGGAGACGCUGGCACGCGAGUGCCGGGUGCCGCCGGUUGCCAACGCCAACGCCAGCGACCCGGACGCGCCGCUGCUCGUCGUGCAGUUCUGCAUCGAUGAACCCGGCCUAAAGGGGAAUGCCGCCUUUGGUUGUGGAGGUGCUCACGCCGGGCGUCCCGCAGGGCCGGUGGUGACGGCGUCGGUGUCGGCGCCGACGGCGUUCGGCGCGCGCCACGCGCUGGAGACGCUGUCGCAGCUGGCGGCGUGCGACGCCGCGGAGGGCGGCGCGCCGCCAAUGCGCGUGGUGGCGCGCGCGCGCGUCGUGGACGCGCCGGUGUUCGCGCACCGCGGCCUGCUGCUCGACACGGCGCGCCACUGGCUGCCCGAGCGCGCGCUGCGCCGCACCGUCGACGCCAUGGCCGCCGCCAAGCUCAACGUGCUGCACUGGCACGCUACCGACUCGCACAGCUUCCCGCUGCUGCUGCCGCGCGUGCCGCAGCUCGCCAGGUCUCGUCCAGUUCAUUCAUUCCGAGCGGAUUCCGGAACGACGUACUCGUCGGGCGCGGUGGCGCGGCUGGCGGCGUACGCGCGGGCGCGCGGCGUGCGGCUGCUGGUGGAGCUGGACGCGCCGGCGCACGCGGGCGCGGGCUGGGAGUGGGGGCCCGCCGCGGGCAAGGGCGAGCUGGCGCUGUGCGUCGCCGCGCAGCCCUGGCGCCAGAGCUGCAUCCAGCCGCCCUGCGGCCAGCUCAACCCCGUCAACCCGGCCGUCUACGACGUGCUGCUCGACGUGUACAGGGACCUCCUGGACGCGCUGCCGGCCGACGAGCAGCUGCACCUGGGCGGCGACGAGGUGUUCAUCCCCUGCUGGAACUCCUCGUCCGAGGUGCUGCAGUGGCUGCAGCAGAAUGACCGCGGCCGCGAGACAAACGACUUCCUCAGGCUGUGGUCCGACUUUCACUCGCUGCAGCUGGGCGCACUGGACAGAGCGCGUGCUCUUAAGGGCUCCAACAACGUUGCAGACAACGCGCCCAUCCUGUGGUCCUCGCACCUCACCAAUCCCAAGGACAUCGAACAAUACGUGGAUAGCCAGCGUCACCUGGCGGAAGAUCUAAUGGCCCUCGGCUACCGCAUUAUCCUCACCCACAAGGACGCGUGGUAUCUGGACCACGGCUUCUGGGGCCACACCUCCUACUACAGAUGGAAGACCGCUUACAACGCCCGCAUGCCAACCGUCGGGCGCACCUCUAACCAGUUACUGGGCGGCGAGACGGCCAUGUGGGGGGAGCUGGUGGACGAGCAGACGCUGGACGGGCGCGUGUGGCCGCGCGCGGCGGCGGCGGCCGAGCGGCUGUGGAGCGACCCGGAGACGGACGCCGACGCCGCCGAGCCGCGCCUGCUGCAGAUGCGCGAGCGCCUGGUGCGGAGGGGGGUACGCGCGGCCGCCGUCACGCCCGAGUGGUGCUACCUCAACGAGGGCCAGUGCUAGCCAGCGCCGCGUCGCGCCGCGCCCUCUCCACCUCUACCUAAUCAUCGAUGAAAAUUGCAACGCGGCGACGCCACGGCCGGGAGCAACGACGAGUCAGAAGCCCCCCCGGGUGCACGUUCUGCUGACAGAACGAAUGAAUGGAGGGGCACGAAUGUCACAGUUAAUCCUAGCGUUAUUAUGUGUCGAGGGUGAUGAGUUGCUAGUACAAAAGUGCUAACGCCGGCUUCUUCCUUACCCACCAACCAUAUUAUUGUAUUCGGACCUUACAGGGUGCAAGAAUAAGAGCGCUUGUUGUGUCCGGUGCGCCUUUGCGUAAUAUUCACCAACUUCGCACGAUAAACAUUUGUCGCAUUUGUGGGAAAUUCGAAAGGUGUUAGAAUGAAGUACUAAGCAUAAUAUGUAAAUAAAACCAUGGCUGUGUAAAGUGACAUCAGCGCGGGCUUUUCCAUCCAGCGCGCCUCCUAAAUAGCAAAGUCGCAUCCUUAGAUUGGAGAACGAGAUGAAAUGAAGAUAUCUGGUGCUUUCUGGCGCGUUGGUUGUCUCAAACUACCCUUCUCGGCUAACAGCGCCUUUUUCUCCAUUUUUAGAAAAUUCUGAGUGAAAAAUUUAAAGAUCGUAACAUUUGAAACUGUCUAUUUCUGUACAAGAAUAAUAAGAAACUACGCCAUAAUGUACGGUUGACAAACAUUAUAAAAAAUAAAAAUUUC